AUGUCUUUAAAUUGUUUUAAAUCGGCGAGCCCAAUUAAACAUAUCGCGCAUUUACUAAUUGCCAAUAAAUUUCCACUAGUUAUUCCACAGAAUACAAUUAUUACAUUUCCACUAGGCUAUCAAAAUAUUGUAUAUGAACUUACUAGUAAGGAUGAGACUAGAAGGAGACAAUAUGCGCAAAUAAUAGGCAAAAUUGGUAUCCGAAAAUGGGAUGCCGGGAUAUUAUGGACUCACUACAAGAACAAAAGGAUAAAAAUUAAGAAGCGGCGCAAAGUAAUCUAG